UUUUCCGUCUUACGCCCGUGUUCCGGUAGUUAAUCUCGCCGUCGUCGCCGCCGCCGCCGCCUCAGUCGUCGUCAUCGCCGCCCUACGACGUACCCGUUCACAAUCAUCGGUGUGAUUGUCGGAAAUCGAAAAUUCACGUUCCGCGGUACGCAUACGCACACGCACGAUAGCACGGUUCCUCUCCACCGGAAAGCGUUCCGGCCCGGCCCCCCACCUAGUCAAUUUCUCCCCCGGUUGGGGAAAGCGCUAAACAAACCGCCAAGAUAGAUCCGACGGUUGAUGGCGGCCGGGAUCUGCCCGGACCGGCCGGUACGUUUAAACUGUUCAUCGGGAACGUGGAAGAGAAGACGGCGCCGUCCGAGCUGCGGCCGCUGUUCGAAAAGUACGGUACGGUGGUCGAGUGCGACGUGGUGAAGAAUUUCGGCUUCGUGCACAUGGAGAACGAGGAUCAGGGCCGCGAAGCGAUACAGCACCUAAACGGGUACGUGAUCGGCGGGCAGGCUAUCAAGGUGGAGGCGGCCCGGAGCCGCCGGGCCCCGAACGCCAACACGACGAAGAUCUUCGUCGGCAAUCUGACGGACAAGACGCGCGCCCCGCAAGUUCGCGAGCUGUUUCAGAAGUUCGGUGCCGUCGUCGAGUGCGAUAUCGUGCGCAACUACGGCUUCGUUCAUCUCGAUCCGACCGGCGACGUGAACGAAGCGAUCCGCGAGCUGAACGGUAUGAUGGUGGACGGCCAACCGAUGAAGGUGCAGGUGUCCACCAGCCGCGUCCGGCCGAAGCCGGGCAUGGGCGACCCGGAACAGUGCUACCGGUGCGGUCGUGCCGGCCACUGGUCGAAGGAGUGCCCGCGACUGAUCUGGGCCGAUCGUAGCUUCCGCGAACGCAGCAUGUACGCCCGGGAUCCGUAUCCGCCGCCGCCGCCGCCACCCUUCCUUCGCGACCGUAUAAUGGACGGAUUUAGGGACACAUUCGACUACUAUGAUCGCUACGAGGAUCCGCGCGAUUUGUUCGAGCGCCGCUACGGUCUCCGGGGACGCGACUUUCCCCCCAUGAGGCGCGAACCGAUGCCACCGAUACCGCCACUAAUGCGGCGCAGUGUCACCGAAAGCACCCGCAGCAGCAGCAGCUACGAUGCAAUCUUUAGCCGGCGAACGCCGCCGCCGACCAGCCGUAACGGUACCAGUAGCAUUAGCCGCGGCUUCGGCGUGUACGAGGACUUUAGCCGCGAUUCGUUCGACGAUCGGCGCGGUUUGCGUGGCCCGUCGCCCACGCACCGAUACGCACCGUACUGAGACACAAUGUUUUAGGGCGACUUAGUUGUGACGGAGCGCCAACACGAAAUGGCGUGAUGCUGCGAGCGCCUGGCAAAGAGCCUGCAGGAAUUGGAGUGUAAUGACGCUGGAGAUGUGUCGCGGUGAGGACCGUUCUUCGAAGCAUACACACACACGCGUACAUUUGUUAGAAAGAUAUUCGAAUUGAAGGAGGCGAGCACACGGAGAGGACGUCGCCCGAUCAUCAUGACUUUCAUUUCCUAUCACUGAACGAUCUUCAACACCUUCUUUCAAACGACAGCAGAUUUCUUGAACAACAGGUACGGAUAAUGCGCCGUGGUGGUAUAACUUAAUAUUUAUAGCAGAAGAAACACUAUCAGGAGUGAAUCACAGCACAGCAGGAGGUAUCUAUCGUCCAGCGGAAAGGCUUGACACGAUCUUAUGAAACAAGAACCUCUCUCAAUCAUGUGAGAUAAUGCAUAUAUCGCGAUGAGCGCACUGCUUUUUACCUUCCGGGGUAUUAGAUUAAGUUCCAGGACCAUUAUCAUUUUAACACCUUGUCUAACAUUCUAAACUACAUGGUCUUUUUUAAUUUUUCUCAUAAUAAGUGUCCCAACCGAGUGAAGGACAGCAUGUGUCUCGUUACUUUGCCCGUAUUUCAUUUCGUAGCCCGUCUCGCCUUAUGUGCGCUCUACUGGAGCGCGAAUAUGUUAGUUGUUGGGCCUGAAUGGGCACACGGACAGGCAGCCCGAGGGGAGGGGAUGGACCGGCUGCGGGAAGUCGAUACAACUAAAUGCCACACAAAUUUAUGUCGCCCCGAUCACUUUAAAUACAAUUGUAAGAUAAACAAGUAAGAGUGAAAAUAAAAGAUAUUUCAAUUCUCAACCAAACUGGCGCA